AAUGUAACUUCAGCCAGGACAAGAUUUCAGGGACUGAUUUCGCGGAGUCUCAACGGGGGGAGACAUCCAACGUUUACAUCGAAACUGCAGCCGCCAUUACACCACAGAAGAAGUGAAUGCCACCCUUCUUCGUCGUUUUUACAAAGCACAUAAAAUAUCUUCAGAGCGACUGCUGGCAGACAGUGGUGGAUUAGUUUAGCUAACCAGACAACUGACUUGUAUUGAUAAAGCUCAAGCCGUUUUAAUGUGAUAUUAAUCGUGGUAAUGUAGCUAAACGUUGCUUGAAUUGUUUGUUUGCGGAAAUGCAAGCUAGCAACUAGCUAGCUGGCUGUCAAUCAAUACAGAAUAGGCUAACGUUGGUUAUAUUCCCACAAACCUGCAUCAACUAACUAUAGUAACGUUAGUUGGCUAAAUUAAACCAAAUAUAAACUUGCCAGUGCCACCAGCGAGUGAGCCACCAUAUAAAAUAGCAAACAGCUAAAUUGCUGACCUCUGGGAUUUGGAGUCUGGAUCACUUUAGGCAUUAAUUUGGCGCCAUUCACUAAUUUGCACUGUAAUGGCCCAAGUUAGUGUGAACGUAUUGCAAUGUGUCAGUACACAAUUCCACUAAAAGGUAUGGCGAUUGAUAGUGCCUCUGUGUACAUGUGCUUCCCCUGCUACCAAGAGUUUGACACCCUGGAGGAGGUGCUGGCCCACCAGCUGACCUGCACCACAGAGAACGUGGGGAGUGGGGCCCCCACCCCCGUCUCCAUCCCCUUCCUACAGACUCAGCAGCAGAUAUAUACCCAGCCCAUUGCUCCAUCGCCUGCCCCUCAGACCAAGGCCAGUGUCUCUUCUGUGAUGCCCAGCUCUGGUGCACCAGGUCUGGCCAUGGCUAGCCCAAAUAAGCCUUCCUCAGGAGAUCAGCCCAAGAUCCUGUACCAGUGUGGAGACUGUGACGCCCUGUUCCACUCCCUGAUCCUCUGGCAGCAGCACCGCAAACAUGGUCAGUGUCUGCAGACCAAGGCAGGACCCACCGAACCACAACCAGAAGAGACCGGCUCUGGAUCUGGAUCAGAACUGCCCCCAGAGGGAGAGGGGAAGCACAGUCAGGCUGAAGUGGAGGUGGACCUGGGUCCAGAUGAACCGAAUGAACUAAGCUCAACGGAUGACCAAGAAGGAGGAGGGGGCAGAGGAAGGAGUCAGGAGAGGGCACAACAAACCCAGCAGGAGCAGGAUGUAGUGAAGUCUCAGCUGUCAGCAGAGAAAGAGGAGGAUGGGAUGAGUGCAGAGGACAUAUCAGCCACCCUGGAUCACAUGUAUCUGCCAAACGCCACCAACAGAGGGCAGGAAGGAGGCGAGGAAGAGACAGAAACCGAGAGCAUAGGGGAAUCCACUGGAACUAAAGCCCCUGAGAUCCAUGCUCUGUCAGCUCUUUCAUCUACAGAGGCCCAGUCUGCAGCAGACAGCCAGUCCAUCCCCGACCCCGCUCCCUCCCAGGACCCCCCAGACCCCGCUCCCUCCCAGGACCUCCCAGCCGAUAACCCUGAGCAGACGUCCUACUUCUACAGGAUAAAGGCAGCCAAGAAGCUCAAGCCCCCGUCCAGCCUGCUGUGUGUGGACUGUGGCUCCAGCUUCGGCAUGGUGUCUGAGCUGGUCACCCACCGCAAGUCCCAGCAUGGCCUCAAGGAAGCCCUGCACCACUGCACUGUGUGUGGGGAGAGCUUCCUCAACACCACCCUCUUCCUCUACCACCGCAAGCAGCACAAGGAGAAAGGCAAGGAAGGGGUCACACAAACCCAGGCCCAGGGAGGACAGAUGCAGGAUGCAGAUUACCAGGAUUACAAAAUAGUAACACUGCCGCAAGAGGUGGUGGAAGAGAUGGUGGAAGAGUCGAAAGAGGAGACAGCGGGGGUGGAAGAGUCUAAAGAGGAGACAGCGGGGGUGGCGGAUUCCCAGAACAAUGGAACUGAGGAGCAGAACCAGAAUGAAACCUCCUCUACUUCCACUGUCUCUACCUGUGCUCCGGUUCAGGUGCCUAAGGUGGUCCAGAGUUUCCUGUGUGCCCAGUGUGGAGCCAGCUUCAGUAAAGAGCCAGAGCUCAGUGCCCACCGUAGGGACAAGCACGGCCUGAACGAGCCCCUCCACCACUGUUCCCAGUGUGACCAGAGCUUCAUGAACACCACCCAGUACCUUUACCACCGUCGCCAGCACCGUGGGGAACCAGGGACUGGGGCAGGAGCAGCCACACCCCCCCAGGGAAGCCCCCGCGCCCCCAAGAGGAUGCUGUCCCCACCUGCCGCCUCGUCCAGUGCUGCGUCAGGCUCGCCAGCAAAAAUACCUGCUAUCAGGAUACGCAGCAUCAACGAUCUCAAUGAGAACAAAGACCAGGGUAAAGAGGUGAAUCCAGUCAUCCUAAAGGAAGAGCAGGAGGAGAAGACUGUAGUGGGGGAACAACUGGACACCAACCUCCCUCCUCCAGCCAAGCUGAUGCAGGACUGGUCCCGCACCCCUCUCCCCCACGUCUGCCCCCACUGUGGCCAGACCUUCACACGCAGGGGGUUCCUCCGCGCUCACGUCUUCAGCCACACCGGAGAGAAGCUCUUCACCUGCAAGGUGUGUCAGAAGUCGUUUGCGUCCUCUCCCAACCUGCUGCGCCACAGCCUGACACAUAUGGGCACCAAACCUUUCCCCUGCUCCGUGUGUGGCAAGCGCUUCUCCCAGCCGGGCGCCCUGAAGAGGCACGGCCUCACCCACAGCCAGCCCAAAUCCCGCCGCCGCAGGUCCCGAUGGAAGAAGAAGACACCAGAGGGGGAGGAUGGAGAAAGCCAGCUGUUCGCCUGUCCCAACUGCACUGCUCGCUUUCAGACUGACCAACAGCUGCAGGAGCACAGACUGCUCCACACCAGCCACCCGUUCCCCUGCUCUGUCUGUGGAGAGGCCUUCAAACGCAGGAAGGAGCUGGACCUGCACUCUCUCAUUCACCAAGAUAAGGAGCCAGUGUUGUGCCCUCACUGUUCCUCCCAGUUCUUGAACCAGUCAGUGUUGGACAUCCAUCUGCAGCGCUGUACCAGCUCAGAGGAGGACAAGACUGUGGGCCGUGGCCGGGGACAGGGACGGGGACGCUCCAUGGGACAGAUGGAGUGUGAUAUGUGUGGUCAUUGCUGUAUGACCCAGGAGGGUCUGGACCUCCAUCGGCUGUCCCAUACGGGUCAGACCCCCCUGCGCUGCCCCCUGUCCCCCUGCAGACGGCGCUUCGCCUCCAGCUCGGCCCUCGGGGAGCACAUUGUGGCCCACUGCCAGGGGACUAUGGGGAAGGGCCGCGGCUCCAAGAGGUUCCACUGCCAGAUCUGUGGGAAGGACUUUGCCUACACCUCCACCUUCAACGUCCACAUGAGGAUCCACACCGAUGAGAGGCCCUUCGAGUGUUCUACGUGUGGGAAGCGUUUCCGCCAGCUGCCCCACCUCAAGGACCAUGAGCGUAUCCACAGCGGCCUGCGGCCCUUCUGCUGCUGGGUGUGUGGUAAAGCCUUCAGUGUGGCUGGCCGUCUUACUGAGCACGCCCGCAUCCACAGUGGAGAGACGCCCUACACCUGCCACCGCUGCCCGUCAGCCUUCCGCUCACGCUCCAACCUCGACAAACACAUCCGUCUCCACGACGACGGAACGGAUGGAACCACAGCCAACGAUGUAGAGGCUGAAGGGGCGAGGGUGCUCUUGUCUACAGGGACGGGAUUGGGUGGCGAGGGGGAGUCGGCGGUGCAGACCAUUCUGCUCGUCCAGACGGAUGGAACCACAGAGGGGGUGAUGGUGCCGGCCGUGCCCGUCUCAGAGCACUCCUCUGGGGCUAUGUUUUCUGGGCAGGCUGGGUCCUCCCAGGUGGUGUUCUUGGGUGGUCAGGCCAUCUCUGUCCCCUCCCUGUCAGCUAUCAUGGAGGGACAUGAGAUCCCCUCGGUCACUGUGGUAGAGGGACAGGAUGUACCACACACCAUCGAGUUCAUCCUAGAGGAGACCAUCUCAUAGAGGGGACUGUAGAGGGAAGAAAGGAGAGAGUUUGUGAUAGAAUGUAUUAGAGACAGACUGAAAGAGGGUAUGAUUUUCAGUUAGUGUUGAGUAAAAUCAAGAGGUAUAGUUUUUGCUGUUUCCUCAGUGCCGGGACUAUUCUUGUUAAAUGGUCCGAAAUAUUGUUUAAUCGACUUAAAUGAUCUACGCAUCUACAUAUGAAUUGAUUUUGGCAGAGUUUAGUGAAAGAUCGGAUAUGUGGCCCUUAAGCUUUGAGAGGUGCUUGAAAGAGCAGAAUUGAUUUUAAAUGUUGAAAUCGUGCAGCGAAGCCAGUGAAGCAAACAGCAGUUGUAUGGUAAAGCAUUUAUCCUGUUUACAAUGAGAAGUUGAUUGAAAAGCUGAUUGUAAAAGUAUUCCCAGAGUGUGUACCGUUAAUAUUAUUUAGAGUGAGUUUUAUCAGGGUUGGACUUGAGUCGCCCAUAAAAUGUCCUCUGUUUUCUUUUUAAUAAAAGGCUUCAGCUUUCA